AAGACUAAAGAGAAACCCAGCACUCCAGAUUUCCUAGAAGUAAAUCUAGAGAUUAGAGAUGAAGAGAAUAGCCGAUGAAGAUCCAAAUCAUUCUGUUAUAACUGAAGAAGAAGAUGACAGAUUGAAGAAAAGAAAGAACAAAUUAGAAGAAGAAGAAGAUGAUGAUAAUGAAAUUGGAUUUGUGAAACUAAAUGAUGAUUUAGCAUUCGAAGUAUUAAAACAUUUUGAUGCAAAAACAUUAGCAACAGCAGCUUGUGUCAACAAAAGAUGGAGUGAAAUGGCUGAAGAUGAAAGGUUAUGGGAAAUUAUCUGUACUCGUCACUGGCAAAAUAUUGGUUGUGGUAAUCGACAGCUUCGUUCUGUUGUUCUUGCUUUAGGUGGAUUUCGUCGUCUUCAUUCUCUUUACAUCUGGCCUCUGUUGAAGAAUUCAUCAUCAUCAUCUUCUUCUUCUUCUUCAAUUGCAUCAUCAUCAUCAUCAUCAUCAGCAGUUGUGAAACCAAAACCUAAUUGGGGAAAAGAUGAAGUCAAUCUUUCACUUUCUUUACUCUCAAUUCGAUACUAUGAGAUGAUGAUGAAAAGGAAAACAAGUAAUUGAAGACGAGAAAUUAGUAAUUAUCCUUAAUAUUUCCAGUAAUUUUCCUGUUUCUUUUAAUAAGUUAAAUUUCGAAUUUCUAAUUUUGUAUUAGAUCUGAAAAUUAAAAUCCUGAGUAAGGUUGAAAUUUGUUUAAAUGAAAAUUUCUUGUUUUUGUUGGUAGUUGUAAGUCUGAAAUCUGAGUGAGAAAAAUUUCCUUAUGUUCAAUUGAAUUGUCUGGUGUCGUAUGGAGUUUGUGAGGGUAGAAGAAGAUAAGUCCAAAGUCUAAAGGUUUGAGUUGUAAUGAAUUUCUGUGACUGUGCAUCAGUGGCUGUUUCCUCUAUUUCGAAUUGGUAUUGUUGGAGACCUUGUAACUAUUCUCAUAGUUGAAAUGAUUUUAUCUGUGAAAUUCAACUUUCUAUCUCAAUCAGUUAAUCUCUCUAAUCAAUCUUAAUGAAGUUUUGAAGCAUGAUGGUAUUGGAACAUCCAAGAAGAUACAAAAGCCUUGCAGUUUUUACAGAUUUGAAUACAAGAAAGAUGUGGGGGGCCUGGGUAUCAGGGCGCUGGGUGAUCUAUACAGAGAUCUUACUGCAAAAAGCAUACGGAGAACCAUCCUUCAAAACCAUUUCCUUGAGGCACUCACACUUUUGCGACAGCAAGAGAACCACAAACUGCUCUUUUGCUUGGCGUGCAAUGGUGCAGGUCAGGCAUCAUGUGAAGGAGAACUGUUGUUGGUCAGUGGGUAAAGGUAGUCAAAUUUCCAUAUGGCACGAUCCUUGGUUACCAAGCCUAAACAACUCUCGCUUCCUAAAUUCUACAACCAAGUGUGUGGAGGUAAACAAAGUGGAGGAUCUCAUGAUACCUGGGCAGUGAAAGUGGAACUCUGAAAUUAUUGAUCAUGUCUUUGCUGCUAAUGAAGCUAGAGUCAUCAAAGAUGUACCUUUAUCUUGCCAUGAAGAUUUCAGUGAAGACAAGUUAAUUUGGAUGCAACAACACCCUAAUGGGAUUUUCUCUGCCAAAUCAUUCCUAAAGCAGUCGAGGACGUCUCUGCCCUCCUCUUCAUCUCUUCACAGUGACACUUCCCCUGGAAAAAGUUAUGGAAGGUCAAAGACAUUGCCCCAGAGAUUUGCAUGUCCGUGUGGAGGUUAACAAAUAAGGGUCUCCCCCUUGCCACCUCUAUUGGUAAACCCAUCUGGGGUAUAAACACUGACUGCAGAAUAUUACUGACGAUCACUAUCAGAUAUUUUGCUUAGUACAUACCAGUCUUUCUGCAUCUUAGAGAGAGGGCGCUGUCCCUUAGAAAGCUUAUCUGAUGGACAGCAACUCCUACAGACUAUGAACUGGUCAGUAACCAGGAUUGGAUUCUGUAUGGUGAAAUUUCUUUACCAUGUUGAACUGAUUACUAUUUGGUGAAAUUGUAAGCCAGGGAGGAAAACAUUCUUAUGAUGCUCAUUGUUGGAAAGUUGAAUUCAAUGCGUUACGGGAUGUCCCUUGAGAGUUAUUAGAAUUUUUCUCAAUUUCUUAUGAUUGCCGCCUAUUCUACAUUCUCGGGAGGACAAGAUGGUUCAGAGUGGUUCUAGAAUGAUAUUUUCAGCGUGCUACGAGAAAGCGGAGUUUCUUUACCUCAAUUGGGUAAUUUGGGUUGGUAUAAAAAGUCUGAAAUUCUUGUGUUCAUCAGCUAGCAACAUCUGGAAAGUUACAGGAGGUGCUUGUGCAAUGGAAGAUAAUAUGAAGAAAAGAGGAUUCCAACUUGCAUCAAAAUGGUACAUUUGCCAUGAAGAUCAGGAUACUAGGGACCAUUUACUUUGGAAUUUAUGGUAAUCUCGAGAACCCUAUUAACCAAAGAUCUCAUAAAACAAUCUUUGAAAUGGUUCUCUUCCGUGUUAUCAAGUACCUUUCAAAGUUGUAAAUUUUGCUCAUAACAUGCGCCGACACAUAACAUUGUGGCUUCAGUUGUAGCUUCACUUUCAAAGUUGUAAAUUUUGCUCAUUAACUAAAAUAUUUCUGCAGUA